AUGAAAUCCAUAGCCAGAAAUCAAAAGGCAAUGCUGCAUUUGCAGCAUAACCCAAUUCUCUUGAUUCUUGCAGUAAUUUUCUUGUUUUCCUCUCAAAUAAAUGCAGAAAAUGGCAUUGAUUUGGAUGAUAUUGAUAGAGAUAUGAAGAACUUAACGUUCGAAAACCCUAGUAUUCGACAAGCCUACAUUGCUUUACAAGCAUGGAAACAAGCCAUUUUCUCUGAUCCUUUCAACUUCACAAAAAACUGGACAGGGCCUGAUGUUUGUUCCUACGGUGGAGUCUUCUGUUCGCCAUCUCCAACGAAUGCCUCCAUGCGAGUCGUGGCUGGGAUCGACCUAAACAAAGCAGACAUCGCAGGCUACCUCCCGGAUGAGCUCGGUUUAUUGACUGAUCUGGCUCUUUUCCACAUCAACUCCAAUCGAUUCUGCGGUGUUAUCCCUAAGAGUUUCAAGAAAAUGAAGGUUCUUUUCGAGCUAGAUGCAAGUAACAAUCGCUUUGUAGGGGGGUUUCCUCGAGUAGUUUUGUCAUUGCCUGAACUGAAAUUCUUGGACCUCAGGUUCAACGAAUUCGAGGGACUCGUCCCAAAUAGGCUUUUCGACAAACCCCUCGAUGCCAUUUUCCUGAACGAUAACAGAUUCAGGCUUGGAAUACCGGAAAAUCUUGGAAAUUCUCCAGUUUCUGUUUUGGUAUUGGCUAACAAUAAUCUCGGGGGUUGCAUUCCAGGCAGCAUUGGAAAAAUGGGUAAAACUUUGAAUGAAUUGAUAUUGAUGAAUGAUAAUCUAACUGGUUGUUUGCCUCCAGAGAUUGGAAUGCUGAAGAAAUUGACAGUAUUUGAUGUUAGUUUCAAUAAUCUCCAAGGGCAAUUGCCCCCGGGUAUUAGCGGUAUGAGGAGCUUGGAACAGCUAGACGUGGCACACAACCGCCUCACCGGAGAGGUGCACGCCACUGUGUGCCGCCUACCCCAGCUGCUCAACUUUACUUACUCGUUCAAUUACUUCACCAAGGAGGCUCCAGGAUGCGCUAAAUUUGGUGGAGGGGCAGUGUCCGAUGGGCAGGAGAAUUGUAUUCCGGGAAAGAGUGAUCAGAGGUCUGCUAAAGAAUGCUCGUCUGAUGCUGCUAAGCCAUUUGAUUGCAGCAAGUCCAAGUGUGGCGGUGGCUUUAGGAUGAAGCCUAAACCAAGGAAGAGGCCACCAGUUCAGACAAAGCCGCCAUCUCCAAAGCCAUCUUCUGGGCCAAGGCCUUUCCACAAGCCUGUUUCUUCACCUCCGCCUACUUCAAGGUCUUCACCGUCAAUGAGAUCACAUCCUCCACCACCACCAUCUCCAUCUCCAAAGCCGACACCGACUCCAUCUUAUCAUGCACCACCACCUGUACACAAAGUCUCUCCAGGAUCUCGCCUUCCGCCACCUCCGCCGCCAACUUACCACUCUAAGCCCGCAAAGCAUUGGCAUUCACCUCCACCACCUCAAUAUAAGAGCUCACCGAAGACACACUAUGCAUCUCCACCACCACCGCCUAAGCAUAAGAGCUCACCGAAGACGCACUAUGCAUCACCCCCACCACCACCACCACCACCACCUCCACCAGUUUAUGAGCACGUGAUACCAUCACCCCCACCCCCACCCCCACCCCCACCGCCCUCACAAUCACCUCCACCUCCUUACACAUAUUCAUCACCACCGCCACCUUCUCCAUCACCUCCACCGCCCUACAUAUAUUCAUCGCCGCCGCCGCCAUCUCCUUCACCACCUCCACCACCUCCUUAUGUAUAUUCAUCUCCACCUCCACCUCCACCGCCACCAACCUCUCCAUCACCACCUCCACCUCCUUACGCAUACUCAUCACCAGCACCACCUUCUCCAUCACCUCCGCCACCCUACAUAUAUUCAUCUCCACCACACCCACUAUCACCACCUCCACCAUCCCCUGGAUGCUAUGAAUCAACACCACCUCCAUCACCUCCUUAUGCAUAUCCAUCCCCAUCAUCUCCACCACCAUACACGUAUUCAUCCCCUCCACCACCUUACACAUAUUCAUCACCUCCACCACCCUACACAUAUUCAUCCCCGCCACCACCUUCUCCAUCACCUCCCCCACCCUACACAUAUUCAUCACCCCCACCACCUUCUCCAUCACCUCCACCGCCAUACACAUCGACGCCGCCCUCACCAUCACUGCCUCCACCAUCCCCUGGAUGCAAUGAAUCACCGCCAUCGCCACCUUAUGUAUAUUCAUCACCCCCACCACCUACUCCAUCACCUCCAACAGCACACAAAUAUUCACCUCCCCCACCACCUUCUCCAUCACCUCCACCACCCUACAUAUAUUCAUCACCAUCUCCGCCUCCACCACCAGUGUACGAAAACAUACCACUUCCUCCAAUCGAAGGAGUCUCCUAUUCAUCUCCUCCACCCCCUGUCAUUCCAUACUACUGA